GGGUGCCGUGUUAUGCUUAGUUUAUUAAUUUUUGUUUCAUGGGUUUUUUAAUGUAGCGAGUGGUGAUAUUAAUUCGGAAGAAGUUUGUGGCGCUGAAUGUAGGUGAUCGUUUCGGUUGGAAUUUUUACAACCCCAUAGUAUUUAAAACGUGGCACUAAAGAAUUUGAAGUAUUUGGCGGUCGUAGCGAGGUGGACGAUUGGAGGAACUAGUCGUGGCCACUCCCUUUACUAUAAGAGAAUGGUUCAUCAAAUAUCCAUUUGGCGCGCUAUAAUCGUUUUUCGCCGUUACAAAAGUGUGGGUUCAUUUACAUAGUAUCGAAACUGUGUGUGAGCGCGCAACCUAUUCCAAAUGUGCUGAAAACUAAGACUAGUGUAAAAAUCAUAUUAAGUCCGUAGAUGAGUGGUAGGGGUGUUAAUGGUGACAAAUCGGAGCGACAGGCAUGUCAAGGUCAUCUCGCCUAGAAAUGCGUCCACUUCGUCGAGCAUAAAGCGUUUCCGCAUUACUUCAACGGUAGAAGAUGGAAUUGUUACGAGAACGCGGGCAGAUUAGUUUGCGGUGCACAUUAUCGGUCGACCUGGUGAAAAAUGAGGGAUGAACAUUUCAAGUAUGUCUGUUUUUCAAACUAUGUGGAAACAUUAUGUGAGUGAUACAAAUCAUCGAUACAAACGUACGUUGGAAUAUUAAUGGAAGGUCUCGGAUAACAGUUAUCCGCGGACAAAUGCCUGUACCACUACGAAAUGCUGAAGCACAUGUUAAUAACGAACGGCGGCGUGGGCAACCGCUCGUCCCGACAGGAUAACUCGAUGGUACUGGAGCAUCGUGUCGAUCAAGUUGCCCAUAGAUACAGAUCACCAAUGGCGAACACCUCCAGAAUCCAGCAGUAUCCUCUGAACGUAUCCCAGUUGACGCACACGACCAAUUUGGACAACUCGAAGCACUCCAUAGGGAACUCGCUGUUGUCGACGGGAAAUAAAACUUUGAACGGGGGCCUCAACAUUUCGAGGGUGCGCAAUCCGAGUACCGUCAACAAAUUUAUCACCAAGUCGAAACAAAUAGGUGUUAAGGAAAUGCUAGUGAGUUUGGGACUUUUAUGUUUGGUCAGUUUGCUGUUAGCGUUGUUGUCGUUAAUUUUUUUAUUAAAAAUUUCACCUGUAACAGCUCACGAUAUUAGAGAACUGUUGAGGGCGGAACAAUUAACUGUGAUUACUGCUGAGGAAUAUGUGGUGGUGUACGAGGUAACUUUAGCAUUAUGUGCGCUGACUCUAUCCCUAAAUCUGUGCUGUCUGCUGGUGUGCGCCAUCCAGUUUCUUUUUGCCGUUAAAUUAGUCAAAAGCCAACACGGAGGAAGUGACAGGACAAAUAAAUAUUUACAAAAGUCCUCUAUUAGUAGGAUAUGUGCAGUAGGAGGAUUCUUCAUAUCGAUACCAGUAUUUUUAACCGGUAUAAUACUGUACACGUUCAUUCAGUUCCAUUCGACACCUGCAAUAGUCACAAGUGUGUUCAUUGGACUCGGUAUUAUAUUCUGCGGUUGUGCGAUGGUGCACAACGUUUUUAUUUGGCAACGUGAGAAAACGAACGCCGUUAAAGAACUGGCGCUGCAACAACACGAACAGUCCACAAUUCAACAUAGUUCCUUCCACAACAUUACCGCUCCGUUAAAUCAAUCACACAUGAGCAAUUACAACCACAACUUUCUUCAAUCACCGGCGCAGGUUCACAGUAAUGGCCCAUAUUUAGUGAGGCCGUCUACGACGACGCCACCUACCGGAGAAAAUCUAAACCUAACAAAAAUGUCACAUCCUCGGGAAGCGAGCGGUAGCGUUAGUCCGGGAAUGCCAAACACGGCGCUUGACAUGAGUAGUGUGGCAACAACAAACUCUCCGCAUGAACUCUCGACGCUAGUGUGAAGAAAGUUUAUUUGUACAUAGACUUGUAUAAAAAAUUGCACUUCGUGCAUUCCAGUAUGUGUUAUAAUACAAUACACAGCUAUUUGUUGAAACUGGUGACCUGAUACGUCUCUAUCCUACAUUAGGAAAUAUAUAUAUGGAAAUGAAAAAGACUUGUAAUACUUAAAUAAGCAGACAUAUAGGACUGUUUAAUGUUCAAAAAUUUGUCUCAUAUAUUUAUACUUAAAUUAAUAGUACAAAUUGAAUGGUUUCAUACUACUACUUAAGUGGUUAAUGGUUCUGCACCAUACUGUAUUAAAAAAUGAUGCCAAAUUGUUAUGUCUCUUGUUAAAGUAUCAAUUCAGUCAUUGUUCUUGUCAUUUUUGUAAUUUUAAUUGCACAAAUAAUUUUAUACUGACUGUACAUAAUCGUGUAAGUAAUAUUUAACAUUUAUUACUUAAAAUGGCAAGAGGGUAUAUAAGAACUACGUAAGGCUUUACUUUCCAGCGGUUGUUUCCAAUUGCUGAGAAAUUUCAAAGAAUGAUUAGUACAAAAAUCAAUUACCUAUUUAUAGGUUAAUUAAUAUAAUAAGGUGUGUACUUAAUUUACUUUAAAAAAACAAUUUACUAUGCUGAUAUUUAUGAAAAACUUGCCUAUAUUCUAAAAUAUAAUUUUAUAUUAUGUUA